CUGCGGCUGCCGUCCUGCCUUUAAGUCCCGGAAGCCGGAAGUGACGCUCCUUUCUGUUCUGCUUCCCAGAGACUGCACGGUCACUGGAAAACAGCGCUGCAGCAUGCCUCGCAAAAUUGAAGAGAUCAAGGACUUCUUGCUGACAGCCAGGAGAAAGGAUGCAAAAUCUGUCAAGAUUAAGAAGAACAAGGAUAAUGUGAAGUUCAAGGUGCGCUGCAGCAAGUACCUGUACACUUUAGUCAUCACAGACAAAGAGAAGGCAGAAAAGCUCAAACAGUCUCUUCCCCCUGGUCUGUCGGUCAAAGAACUAAAGUAAAUGUGGUCUGAUCUCUUGUACAAUAAAAACAUUAAAAUCUGAA